UACGAACUAAAAACGGUAUCCUACCUCAUACGGUAACAGUGAAUAUAGUUGUGACACAGUGCACGGGAUACAAUAUUUAGCACGGAAUAACGGUCUUAUAUGACAGGAUUGUGUCAAGUGUGGAUCUCGUGCAUUGCACGCACAUGGAAGGUUUCCAAGUCACAAAGAUGUUUCGCUGGUUAAAAGAUAAGAAAAAACAACCCAGGAAAUCGAAUGAUAAAGGCAAAUCUAUAGAGGACGAUUACGGAUUCAGAAAAGGCCAGUCCAGGAAUCCAACUGAUGCUUUACCGGAAUUCCUCUCGGAUUACGGAUUUAACAACGGAACAUGCAUGAGAAUACCGGCAGACGUUGUGCGACCAGUCACGUGCCUGAGAGUUCCCACGAGAGUUCCCAUCAAUGGCGUCCAGGCUGUGAACAGUGACCCCGCCUACCACAUUUACGAGGAGAUAGUUGAUCUACCCGACUUACCGUUAUCGAUAGUGGAUAACAAGAAUUUAAUUACACAAAACAAUGGUGCUUUUAAUCAGAAUGCAAAUUCGUGGAGUUCUAUUUCUUUACACAACCAGUCAAAUCUCAUUUCGGCAGAGGGACAUAUCCAAAAUAGACCAAACAUAAACGAUUCCGGGAAUGGACUAAUACCCAAAAGGUCAAAUGUCAAAUCGACAGAGGGGCCAUACAUGGUUGUUCCAAUUGUUUGUAAAACAGAAAAUGAAUCAAAAUGCAAGGACUGUGCAUGUGAUGAUUCAAUUAUUUCAGACAGAUUUACGUGCACGUGCAAGUGCCGGAAACAGUUUAAAAAGCCAGAGUCAAACUACAGUGAACCCUGGGACAGCAGUGAAAGUUCGUGUUCUGUUCGGUUUGUAAGUCGCAAAAAAUCAUCAUGUGACAGAAAAACGAAUUCCCAGCCACAACGUCACGACAGCACGCGCUCCUACGUCACAUCGAACUCAAGUGAAUGUAGUUCUAGCUCUGCCAAAAGUUCAGUUGCUUCCAGAUCGUCUGGACCGGAUAUGGACGGAAAUGAUACUUGCUGUGAGUACGACAUGAGUACAUCAAGUGAAUCAGAUAUCGCCGAAGAAUAUCGUUCUUACUUAGACAAAGUGCAACAGAACUUAAUUCUCAAGGAGCAGGUUCGAAACAUCAUCCACUCGCUUAGCAACAGUGGGAAUGUAACUGAGGAGAGUUCUAAUACUCUCGAAAGAAAUUCGGAUGUUGAAUCUGUCCGAACGGUGUCUAGUCUGUCCGGACGGUCGUCACAGCCGACACUUAGUACCGGGGAGGUGUCUGACCCGGAUGUACUAGCUGACCAAUCAGAAUCUGACGAUAGUAGUGGAUAUUAUGAAUAUUCCGAGGAAAGAAACGGAAAUAGUUGUUCAGAUGACGCUGCAAAUGUGCAGUCAUCUUCAAAUACAGAAUCUCGCAAAUAUUACCAACACAAACACAAAUCUUACAAAUCAAAACACAAGAAGAUGUCGACUGAAGUAGAACAUUCCAUAUUGGAAGACACGGAGAUGUACCUUUUACCUUCAAGUAAGAAAGACUCCGAAUGUGAUAACGUCCGAGUGUACCGAAAGCCUUUACUACUACCGCCCCAACAAACAGUGAUUUACCAGGAUCCAAACCGAUCUAAAACAAGGAGUGGGAAUAGGCUUCUGGGUGAUCUGAUUCGUAUGAACUAUGACAAACAGCACAUGGUACGCGUAUGACAAUAUUUAACAUGGUGAAAUAUGUUUCGUCUUGAGUAUUGGUUUUGUCUGACGAAAAACCUUCAGACUGGCGUGCAAUUGAAUUUUCUUAAAGGAAUAUUCAGCUAUAUGGUUUCCUUAAUAUACUGUAUACAGCGAACAAAAGUUAGGUUUGCUACCUUUUCCUUGAAAAAGUUAUUCUUUCAAAAGUCAUCAUCGUUUACUUUUCGUGUUUAAUCCAAGCUGUCAAAUCUACAAGUCUUUGGUCAAAUAAAAUACUAAGUAUUAUUGUUCAAAUUCUUCCGAAAUUGAUGAAAUAUGAUUUUAAUUUGGAUUAUUCGUGGUAAUUUAAAUCAGCAUUUAUAUACUUAAACUAUGACACCUUUUAAUUGAAUACGGAACUAGUCUAUCAAAUGUCUGCAGUUAAACUGUUAAUUGUAUACAAUGCAAUUAGGUGUAGUUUAGUUAUAAUUUCUAUAAGAAAUGCUAUUUGAAAUAUGCUCAAAGUGAAACAUUUAGGAAAUAACAUAACGAGGUGCUGACCACGUGGUUCUUAUUUAUGUUCAGAGAAAUUCAUGCGAGAAAGGUUUGGGAGAAACAGAUUAUCAAAUGUGAAUCACGUGGUGCGAGAAAGGAUGACGUGUGGUCAGAAUGAAUAUUUGAAAAAAAAUUGUUUGUGUGAAUGAGACAAAUGUUGAAUAAGAGUUUUGAGGAAUUAUAUGCAUAUAUAAUAUAUUAACGUUAUAUAUAUAUGAUUAUGAAUUUGCAAUAAUGAUACCGAAAAUUAAUCGCUAUUAAAAUGUAAAAAAUCAAAUUGAAA